UGUUAUAUCCCUCCCCGUAUCUCUAUGUAUGUAAUUACCGCCAGUCCUCCGCCUGGAGCGCUACACACCCGACUUCCGCCCUUUGCGUUCCACCCGACUUCCGCCCUUUGCGUUCCACCCGACUUCCGCCCUUUGCGUUCCACCCGAUUACCGCUCUUCCGGUAGAUUGUUCAGAGCAAUAAGAAGCUGCAGCAGCAGGAGAUGGGGGAGCAGCCUUUGAUGUCCUGUUAUUGUAAUUACUAUACAAGACAACCAAGCAGUGAGGAACUGAAGCAUCUGUACUACAAUUUUCCUGAGACCGAUCUCUGAUUUCCUGAGGAUGGAGAAGGUCCGGAGUCCUAACACUGAGAGGAUACUAAAUCUCACCCUGGAGAUCAUCUACCUGUUGACUGGGGAGGAUUAUACAGUAGUGAAGAAAACACCUCCCAGCUGUACCUCCAUCGCUUACUCACCGAUACAUGAGAGGCACAAUGACCAGAAGAUCCUGGAUCUCACCAACAAGAUCAUUCAGCUGCUGACUGAGGAGGGGGAGUAUAUAGAGGAACACAGGCGUCUGUACAAGGACGUGAUGAUGGAGAAUCACCGGGCCCUAACAUCACUGGAUGGACCCAGUAACAGAGAUACCCCAGAGAGAUGUCUCCGUCCUUUGUAUUCCCAGGAUUGUACAGAGGAGAAUCACAGAACCCCAGAGGAGGAUCAAGAUGAAUAUAUUACUUGUUUUAAGAUAGAAGAUACAGAGGGGAAAGAAGAGAAGUAUGUGAGUGAUAUGAAGGCAGAAGAUAUAGCGAGAGAAGAGACGUAUGUGACUGAUAAGAAGGCAGAAGAUAUAGAGGGAGAAGAAGAGACGUAUGUGACUGAUAUGAAGGCAGAAGAUAUAGAGGGAGAAGAAGAGACGUAUGUGACUGAUAUAAAGACAGAAGAUAUAGAGGGAGAAGAAGAGACGUAUGUGACUGAUUUAAAGACAGAAGAUAUAGAGGGAGAAGAAGAGACGUAUGUGACUGAUAUGAAGGCAGAAGAUAUAGAGGGAGAAGAAGAGAUGUAUGUGACUGAUAUGAAGGCAGAAGAUAUAGAGGGAGAAGAAGAGACGUAUGUGACUGAUAUGAAAUCAGAAGAUAUACAGGGAGAAGAAGAGACGUAUGUGAUUGAUAUGAAGGCAGAAGAUAUAGAGGGAGAAAGAGAGAUGUAUGUGACUGAUAUGAGAGAAGAUACAAAGGAUGAAGAGACUCAUGUGAGAGGUGAUCAGCAGUGUAAGGAGGAGGAAAUCCCUACAGAUAUCAGCACAGCAGAUGGAGGCACAAGCGGGAAGACCUCGGAGGGAGAUCUCAUUUUGUUUCCAGAUGUUAAAAAAGAAGAUAAUAUCACACAUGACUUUCUGGGAGACAUCCCCAUUACUGUAAAUAUACUUCCAGUACUUCAUAGUGCUGAUCUAUCAUUUGAUCCCUGUAAUCAUGGGGAAUGUUCUCCCGAUACCUCAACUAUUGCUACACAUAGUGCUGCUCUUACUGGUAAUUCAGUCUUUAUCAGCUCUGAAUGUGGUAAAAAAAAUUAUAAUCAGUCAGUCAUAAGACAUCAAAAAAGUCACACAGGUCAGAAUCUAUUUCCAUGUCCUGAGUGCGGUAAAUGUUUUACGCUGAAGUCAAAUCUUGUUACACAUCGGAGACUUCACACAGGCGAGAAACCGUUUCCAUGUCCUGAGUGUGGGAAAUGUUUUACACAGAAAACAGCUCUUGACUCACAUCAGAGAAGUCACACAGGUGAGAGUCAAUUUCCAUGUCCUGAGUGUGGGAAAUGUUUUACACUGAAGUCAAAUCUUGUUACACAUCGGAGAAUUCACACAGGCGAGAAACCGUUUUCAUGUUCUGAGUGUGGGAAAUGUUUUACACAGAAAACAGCUCUUGAUUCACAUGAGAGAAGUCACACAGAUGAGAGUCAAUUUCCAUGUCCUGAGUGUGGGAAAUGUUUUACACUGAAAUCAAAUCUUGUUACACAUCGGAGAAUUCACACAGGAGAGAAACCGUUUUCAUGUCCUGAGUGUGGGAAAUGUUUUACACAGAAAUCAGCUCUUGUUUCACAUGAGAGAAGUCACGCAGGUGAGAGUCUAUUUCCAUGUUCUGUGUGCGGGAAAUGUUUUACACUGAAGUCAAAUCUGGUUACUCAUCAGAGAAUUCACACAGGCGAGAAACCGUUUCCAUGUCCUGAGUGUGGAAAAUGUUUUUCUCUGAAAGUAGAUCUUGUUAGACAUAAGAGAAGUCACACAGGUGAGAGUCUAUUUCCAUGUUCUGAGUGCGGGAAAUGUUUUACACUGAAGUCAAAUCUUGUUACACAUUGGAGAAUUCACACAGGCGAGAAACCGUUUUCAUGUCCUGAGUGUGGGAAAUGUUUUACACAGAAAACAGCUCUUGAUUCACAUGAGAGAAGUCACACAGGUCAGAGUCUUUUUCCAUGUACUGAGUGCCGGAAAUGUUUUACACUGAAGUCAAAUCUUGUUACACAUCGGAGAAUUCACACAGGCGAGAAACCAUUUCCAUGUUCUGAGUGUGGGAAAUGUUUUACACAGAAAUCAGCUCUUGUUUCACAUGAGAGAAGUCACACAGGUGCGAGUCAAUUUCCAUGUCCUGAGUGUGGGAAAUGUUUUACACUGAAGUCAAAUCUUGUUACUCAUCAAAGAAUUCAUACAGGCGAGAAACCGUUUCCAUGUCCUGAGUGUGGAAAAUGUUUUUCUCUGAAAGUAGACCUUGUUAGACAUAAGAGAAGUCACACAGGUGAGAAGCCAUUUCCAUGUCCUGAGUGUGGGAAGCGUUUUAUUGUGAAAUCAAAUCUUGUUAGACAUGAGAGAAGUCACACGGGUGAAAGGCCAUUUCCAUGUCCUGAAUGUGGGAAGCGUUUUACACACAAAUCAGUUCUUGUUACACAUCAGAGAAGCCACACGGGUGAGAAGCCAUUUCCAUGUUUUGAGUGUGGAAAGAGUUUUACACAGAAAUCAAAUCUUGUUAAACAUGAGAGAAGUCACACGGGUGAAAAGCCAUAUCCAUGUCCUGUGUGUGGGAAAUGUUUUACACAGAAAUCAAAUCUUGUUAAACAUGAGAGAACUCACACAGGUACGUAACCAUUUCCAUUUGCUGAGGGCCUGAUUUGGGUUUGUAUGCAACCCUAAUGGUUUGCGUAUAAGUAUGUAUCAUUGGACGCAGACUUCCUGGACCCUGCUAUCUGGAUCCGCAGACUGAUCAAGGUCUGCUACCAUCACAAGUUGUGAUGAUGAUCCAGUGGUGUGUACUCAAAUACAGCCCAAUGAUCUCACGGAUGCGAGCAGGAGGUGUCUUAUCUCCUACAGACGUCUCCUACAUUUGCAUUUUAUUUGUACGGUAUUGUACAGCUGCUUCCCUGCAUCUGCGCAAUUCCUUACAGAUCAACAUCAGGCCCUGCGUUCACAAAAUACAUUACACUAAAAUAUCUUGUUACACUUCAGAAAAUCCACAUCAGGAGAACAGAUUGGUAUGUGGGGAUGCGUGGGUGGUAUAAGUGUGUGUGAGUAGGACUGACUGGCGUUUGUGGAGCUUUUUAGUACUUGUGAGAUCUUGAGGAGUGUUUUAUGGCAUUUUGGAGCAAGUGAGGGGCAAUACAAUACAAUUCCGGCCUGAUUGCAGCGCUGCAAAAAGAGCUAGUGUGCGAUCAGGUCUGAAUUUGCCCCUAUGUGCGUUCCUUAUGGAUGUCUGGGUUACACAUGGCUUUUAGCCGGAUGCCUAUCAGAGUUAGUGAAUGUAGAAAGUUAAUACUAAACAUUGAGUCAUGGUAAAGUGUAGGUAAAGCAUACACCUGUCAGACAAAAAUUAAUAAAAAAAUAAAAAUAAAAUACCAAGAUUAAAAA